GUUAAAUUUAUAUAUUUUCACUUGUAUUGUGUGUUAUUGUUCCUUUUUUUUUCCAAAUUGUAUAUAGUGUAUUAUUGGCCUUUUUGUUUUGCUUUUGUAAUUUAAGUGUAAGCACCCUAGAUGAGCUAUCAGCUCCUUUCAUUAAAACAGGUGAAAGUCAAGAUGUUCGAUGAGAAAUCGUCGACUGUAAAAGAUGAAGCAAUCAGACAACCUCGUGAAAACGGGCUCUUUCCUCUACGCUAAAGAGCCUGGGAACGAGGUUGGCAAUCAGACCGCUGAACCUGUGGGCCUGAGAUGCCUACCUAGUUUUGUUUCUUUUUAACUCUACGACUUAAUUUUGUGAUACUUUACUAUAUAAUAUAUAAGAACGAUUAAUGUAUUUGCUACAGUAAGUUUACCGAAAUACAAUAAUACACAAGGUCCCAUGAAUCUUCUAUCUGGCUCCGAAUAAGCCCCAUUUAAAGGAAGAAGUUUAUUAUUUAUAUUUUAUAAACCACCUCUCUCCAUUAAGAACGGGAAUUUGAAGUUACGGUGUCAAUAAACUACUGUCUAGGAAAUGGUCUAAGUAUCAAACACAGGGCGGCGAAGGUUUCGAGUCAUAUUACUCACAACUUCUCCAAAUUCGAUCUUCACAAAUGUAUUUUUCGUUUUAUUUUAAUAAACACUAGGUAGAAAAUGAAUAUGGGAGUUACUUCACUUGUGAUCAGAAGUAUCUGGAGUAUUUACAAAGUUUAUUUGAAACAUAUCUUGGGAAAGAUGUCAUUUUAUUUACAACGGAUGGAGAUGCUGAGAGUGAUCUAAAGUGUGGAACCUUGUCCAGCCUUUUUAGUACUGUGGAUUUUGGGCCAGGUUAGAUGGGCUUAGUGAUCAUGAAAAGAGAUUAGUUACUCUACUUUAUUAAGUUUAUUUGAUCUUUUUUAAACAUUUCAGUAUUCACUUCAUAAUGCUUACUUCUUCUUAAGGGAAAGACGAGUUGUUGAUCAUUUCAGGGGCUACGCACUUCCCCCCUCCUCUGUACUUUCACCCCAGAAAUUUAUUUCUGUGUGUUUAGGGACAGAUCCAGAAAAAGCAUUUGCUGUGCAAAGGAAAUUUCAAGCCCAUGGACCGUUAGUGAAUUCUGAAUAUUACACGGGUUGGCUAGAUCAGUGGGGUAUUCGACAUCAGACCACUGAUCCCACUACAGUUGCUAAUACUCUGGACAAAAUCCUUGCUCUGAAUGCUUCCGUAAACAUGUAUAUGUUCGAAGGAGGGACGAAUUUUGGAUACAUGAAUGGUAGGUUUUUCACUAGUUAACGUUGCAAAGCUUCUGUCUAUGACUGAUUCAUCAGUUGAUUAUUUUUAAAAUUCUUAAUUGAUUGCUUGGUGGACCAGUUCUGUGUGUUGCUGUGUAGAAUUAUUCCCCUAGUUAUUUUGCGUGUUUUAUGGAUUGGUGAGUUUAUACAUUGGUAAUGGUUUGUUGGUUAGUUGGCUCAUUGGUUAGCUAUUUGGUUAAUGGUUAGUUAAUCUCUGGUAAGUUGUGUGUUUGGUUAGUGUGUCCAGUGGUUAUAGUGUGUUGAUUUUUUGCAACUUCCAUCGACAGCUGGUUACUUCAAUUGUUAGCUAGACAGUGGUGUGUUCUUUAGUUGGUUUUUUUUGCUAUAGUUGAUCACUUUAUUCGUUAGUUAGUUUUACUGCUUAGUUUGUUAGCUAGUUGUGUUGUACAAUAAUCAGUUAGUUGAUUUGUUAAUUGAAACUUAUCUGGUUUUGUUGGCUAUUAUUACGUUAGUUCGUACGUUUUUUGUUCGUUUGAUAGCUGGUUAGUUUGGGUAGCUGGUUUUCCGGUUAAUUGGCUGGGGUUUUUUUGUUAGUUGGUUAAUUGAUUGUUUCCCUGGUUAUUAUUUUAGUUUGCCUCAUUUGAAAGAGCUUUGAGAAUAAUUAAUAAAACGUUUUUACAAAAUUUUCAUAUCUUACUCAAUUCUUGAAAUAUUUUGACUGAAAACAGUCAGCUGUCCGCCAUCUUGGAUUAUUCAGGAUAUGCAUGGUCACCCAAUUUUUUAUUUUGGCAGCCUGUCAUCAGUAUAAACCCAAAGCUCGUUCUUUGUUGCUAUUUCAAAUUUCAAAUGGAAUACAAACACUUUAAACAUCGGUGACGAACAGCUCAUUGCUUUCGGUCAAAAUAUUCUAAUAGUUAACAUUGAUAUUAUAAAAAAUCUGCAACAAGACUUAACACAUAAUUUUAAACGUUUUUUUAAAAUGAGACAAAUUAAUUUUUUAGUUCCAGUGCCCUUUAAUUGAUUAUGAUUAGUUAUGUAAUUUGUCAGGAUGUUUUGUUUGUGAGCUUUUCCAAUUCUUAAUGUCUUACUUGUAUAGGAGCAACAUUCGGUAGCUCUUUCUACCGUCCAUGUACUACUAGUUAUGACUACGAUGCACCAUUGUCUGAAGCUGGGGAUCCCAAUGUCAGUAAUAAGAAAUAUAAUGCUAUCAAGAAAAUUGUCAAUAAAUAUCUUCCUGAUCCUGGAAUCCCCAUUCCACCACCUACUCCAAAGCAUGCUUAUGGCAAAAUACAAAUGACUAAAGUAAGCAGAAGUGAACACAUUAUUACUUACUGGUUAGCUGUCAUGCAAUGGAAAAUGCAGUAAUGGACCAAUAUUAAUGAAUCCAUUUCAAAUUCCCAUUUUUAGAUGACACGCAUGCCUACUUAGCACAUAGGUCUCCCAAAAAGGUAGCCUUGCAUCAUUUUUGCCCCAAGGUUCGCAAAAAAUUUAGCCUGCGUAGAAGUCGCUUUAUUUUAUUGAAGGUUUUGAAGAUUUUUGAAUAAAUGGCGGGUUAGAAAAAAUGGGCAAAGAAAAAACGGGCGAAGGAAGAAGGACGAAGCACUUCACAGCGCUUUGUUCAAUAAACAUUCUUUUGUCGUCGCCAUUUGGCAUUUGUAUUAUUCAAAAUGCACGGAUCGGAAGCGAGAACACCUUGAGCCAGAUUUUGACCAAUCAGUAUUUUUCGUUCAUGAUCAGAAUCUGAACGGGGAAUUAAUUUUUAUUAAGGACGGUUGCCGGCGCUUUAUUUUUCCUUCGCCCGUUUUUUCUCGCUCUUUUUUUCUUCGCCCGUUAUUUCUAACCCGCCAUUUAUUCAAAUUAAAAUCCUCCAAACCUUCGAUAAAAUAAAGCGACUGCUACACAGGCUACCAAAAAUUUAACACUGUAUAUAAAAACUAAAUGGCGAAAAACUCAGACAUAUAUAAACAUCGAAAUUCAUUAAAAAUAGCUAACUCAUUAUGAUUAGAUAUAACUUUAACACUUCUACAUUGUAUUUUUUAUUGGCCUUUUUUCUCUCACCACAUUAAAGCGCCGAGUGAAUUGUACGAAAAUUCAUCAAAUUUUUCGAGAUUUUUGACUGAAUGUUGUCAACACUAUGUGGCAUGACGACUGUCGGCCCAACGUCGCAAGCUAAAGCUCUCUGACUGGCUUGGAGUUCGGCCAGUAAAUCAAAGAGCUUUAGCUUGUGACGUCUGGCCGGCAGCCGUCAUUUCGCAUAUAUUUUUUGCCAACUUUGGCCGCAGAUUUUCUGAAGUCCGUUUGAAUUUUCUGAAGUUCGAAUUUUUCUGCGAAGUUGGCAAUUUUUAAAAAAACGUGAUUAUUAUAGAUUUCACAAUCAAGUUUUGGAAACAAACCCUGUGAUUGGCCAAACAGUCACUACUAGCAACCUAGUGCCAAUCAUAUCCUUCUAUGACUUUCGAAUUCAUAUGAUCUUGUUUCGAUGUUCUUAUAGAUGGUUGCAACACAGCCACCCAAAACAGUGACAUCUUCAAAGUAUCCUCUGACUAUGGAGCAAAUGGACAUGUAUUAUGGCUUUGCUAUUUACCAGACUUUGGUAUCACCGUCAUUGGAUGGUCAACAAACAAGGAAGCUUAGUAUACCAGGUGUGCGCGACAGGGCAAUUGUGUUUGUUAAUCAGGUUUGUAACAAGUUAUUCAUUACGUCAUAUUUGGGCACAUUUCGGUCUUUAAGCCCCGUUUACACGAGCAAAUUUUAUUUGACAAAUUUUAAAAGGCCAAAGAUAUUUUGCUUGUGUAGAUGACAAAUUUGUGACAAAUUUAUUGUGACAAAUGCAUUUGAACAAAAGCUAGCAUGCUAGCUUUUGAUCAAAUGCAUUUGAUCAAAUGAAAUUUGUCAAAUAAAAUUUGGUCGUGUAAACGGGGCUUAGAAGAGAAUUAGUAAUACCUUCAGCGUCGGGUUCCUGGCCAGAGGUCACAGUCACGAUGAACAAUAUUAACAAGAUUAGCGUUGAAGGUAUAGGCGGAAUUAGUCGGAGGGGUAAAACAAACCGUAGAGAGGUCCAGGGGGGGCUAAUCUUUCGGACAUUAUUCUAAAAUCUGCAAUUCCUGAGAUGGCAUUUCCUGCGUUUUGGGGCAAGAUUUGACGUGUAUAGAAACUAUGUCAAUUUGUUUAUUUUGCAUUUCAGAUAGUGAACAAUCUUACACAUGUAUGUUAAAUUCUAGCAUAUUUGGGGGUAGGCGGCUUGACAAGGAGAUUGAAUGGCUGAAGCUCAUUAUACACUUGGUCUUGGUUGGAAAAAAUAGAAUUGAGAUUGACCACUCACUACUGUUUCCUAACGCUUGCUGAAAUCCACUAAUAAAUAAAUACUGGCCUCGAAUAAGCGCCCUCGCUCCAAGAAAGAAAAUUAAAAAAUUCUUGUGAUAAACUCCCCAAACGUUAACCACUUGCAAUGCUUUCCGGUCCAAAAACAGCUUAACGUAAUAGACAAGCAUUUCAGUAACGUUAUUGUCACAUAUUUCUGAAUCAAUCAAAAUGAAACUAGUAUACACGGGCUAUAGGGCCUAGAGGUGUGCAAAUCCAAUCCGAAUCCGAUCGGAUUUCGGAACAAAAAUAUUCGUUUCGGAUUGGAUCGGAUUGGUAAAGUUGUUUCGUAGUCGGAUCGGAUCGGAUGCACUUUUUCAGCUUCUUAACAUGUAUUUCUUGCUUUCAUAUUUAUUUGGUUAAAUAUUUCCACCAGUUAAUUUUUUAAGGAUUCUUCAGUAAACUGCCAAAGAGCCCAUUUUCCUUGUCCUCCCCCCAUGAAAGUAUGCGAUUGCUGAAGGUGUGAGCCAAGUACCGCAGGCUCGAGUUACGAGUUAGCUAGGGGGGUCUGGGGAAAAUUUUUAAAAUUUGGGUCUCUGAAAUAGCAUUUCCUGCCUGAGAACCCAUUUUUAAAAAAAAUUUAGCUUCUCAAAACAAAGUUUUAAUGGUGAAAUUUGUAAUAAAUUGCAUGCUAAACAUUCCGAACACAACAUAAGUCUAAGUAUGCUCACCAACAAAUUUUGUUUUUUAAACUUCUUUUCAAUGUUAAACUCAUUUACUCAAUGCAGGUCAUGCAUAGGGCCCUGGCUUUGGGGCAAUAAUAGGCCAUUGUUUUUCUUCAGUGGUGGGGCAGAGGAAGGGGCCCAAUAGGGCAAAUGCCUCACCAGUCCAUGGUAUUAAAAAAUGCCUUGAUUUCCACUUGAACGAGAAAUUUAUUUUAUUAAAGGAUUCUUCGGAUCGGAUCAGAAUUCUUUAUCAAAUUCUUUCAAGAUUUUCAAAAAAAGUUUAAACAGUUUUAAAAAAGUUUUAAAAAAGUUUAAAAGCAAAAAAAAUGUUAAAAAGUUAGAUUUUUAAAAAAGUUAGAUUAGGGUUAGGUUAGGGGUUAGUGGUUAGUGGUAUAGUGUUGGGGUUAGUGUUAGGGGUUAGGUGCCGCGAAUUCAUCAUUAUGAUAAAUUCAAAAUGUGCCGCGAAUUCAUCAUAAUAACAAAUUCGGACGUGUUUAACAAUUUGCUCAUAUAGUAGAUUCAAAGGUGGAGCUCAUGCUGGGAAAUUCGCUCGAGCAAAAUAGCGUGUUUAUCAAUGGACAAUAUACACUGCCGGGUUAAAGGCAGUAAAGUUUUGAACGGCCAAAGCUUAGCAGAAAAAGGAUAUAAGUGUGCUAAGAAUGCAUGCUACUGGACGCGAAUUUCUCGUCCUGGUUAGGCCAUUGCUAGUCUCCUUCGCAGACGCUAACGAACGAGGCUUGGAUCGAUAAGAGGGUGUGCAUGGGAAAGAAACUACAGCCCUUGUCAAACGCAACGAGAGAUGAUGAGAAUUGGCAGUCACGCAUAGUUACAGCCUUAUAGCGGACAUCAUUAAGCAGCAUCCAACUAAGUAUGUUUUAAUUUAAAUAGAACCUACUUUUAAGUACUAUUAAAAUAGUAUUAGGAACAGUGGUGUCAAGUAACGAAGUAAAUGUACUUCGUUACUGUAUACUUGAGUACUAUUUUUGAGAAGUCAGCAAGCAACAAAGUAAACUUUUUCUGCAGUACUUUUACUUGGAACGAAAUAGUCUUAAGAAGUAACGUUUUACUUCGUUAUUUUCAUUUUGUGGUGAAGUAUCAUUAUCGUUUGAUCCGGGCUUAUAUGUCCCUCCUACAUACGUGAAAACGCACAAGUUAUUACAAAUCUGUUCACAAGCUGUUGACAAGCAGGGCUGUUCCUAGCGCGAUAAUAGGGGGGGGGGGUGUAUGUUCAUAUAUUCGUGUUCUGCCCGAAGGAUUUCUUUUGAAAGCGAUUGUUUUUACGGUAUGUGAACAUGAAUAUAUGAAUAAACACCCCCCCCAAUUAUCGUCGUUUAGGAACGGCCCUGUUGACAAUUAAGUUGUAUUUGCACUGCUUGUUCCUAGUUGUUGCAACAAGUUUGGAACAAAUUGUUAUCAGACUUGUUACAAGUGUUUUUUGCUGAUACUCCAAUUGAAAAAUCGUUUAUUUCACAUUUGGUAAUUGGUACGUUUUACGAUCGAUCACGACGAACAUAAGAACGAUGAUAAACGAUACGAACAUUUUGCAAAGAUUUCCUGGCCCCUCUGAGCACUCCAGGCCCCGGGUAUUUUGUCCCCCUCCCUGCCCCCCCCCCCUGGAUAUAACAAAAAUGUUACAAGGCGACGACACAAGCUAGGUUGUAACAAUAUAAUAAUUAUAAGAAUUGUUGUAUCAUGGCUGUAUGGAACAACCUUGCAACAAGUCUUAUAAUAUCAACAAGGUUGUUACAAGUUGUUAACAGCUUAUUCCAAACUUGUUGAAAACUUGGGACAAGCAGUGUGAACACGAACAACUUGUUGACGACUUGUUGACAGAUUUGCUACAAGAUGUGAGAUUUUUGCGUGUGUAGUUGGGGUCAUAUAAACUGGCCCUCAUACUGGUGAUUGAUGUUUGUUGUAGGCAAGACAAGGUGUCAUUCAACGCAACGACAAGGAGAAGAGCUUGGACAUUCAAAUAAGCCAGAAUAGCGUGCUUGAUAUUUUAAUAGAAAACCAAGGACGCAUUAACUACGGCCAUAUGAAUGACCCUAAAGGAUUGGUUAACAAUGUAACCAUUGAUGGUGAAAUACUCACGAAUUGGACAGUGGUACAUGUUAAGAACCCUCCAAAUGUCUAUAGGGAAAUUGCCAGCGAUUUGACCGCGACAAAUAACAAAGUCCCUGCUUUCUUUAAAGGAACUGUUCCGCCCUUGCCUGCAGGACAAGCGCCUCAGGAUACGUAUUUAUUGUUAAAAGGUUGGGCAAAGGUACGUGUUAGUACGUAGUAGUUUCAAUACAAACGGAAUAAUAAGCUCGAGUACACUCUGAGACUGCAUACCUCCACUUAGACUUCCUAAAUCGGGCGAAUAAAAUGACGGGCUGAUAGGGAAAGAGGAGGGGACCCAUUUUUUUCCCGAUUUUAGGGUUAUCACAUUUAUAUCAUUAAAAGGCAGUACAUGCAUUAUUUACGCUUUCAGUUCUUUUCUCGGAAAAGCUUAAGGCAAAAGUCAUCUUAUUUCAAUCCAAAUUGAAACAAAUUAAUCGGUAUGUCCUUGGCCUACGAUCAUUAGCCUCAUAAAUUUUGUUUCACAAAUUUUGAUACAUUUUGAGUUAUAAUACUGACAACAAACACGCACACACCAGAAAGCUACUAGGUGAAAACACACUAAAAAAACACUAUGGUUAAAUUUUCCUGGUUGACCUUGAAUUAACCCUAUUUGGGUUAACGUAAUAAUUUUGGUUGAUUUUCCUGGUUAUUUUAACAUAUUGCUAGUUAAUUUAAUCUGGACUUCCUGCUGUUUAUCCAUCUAUGAUAUAAUCGUGUAAUUUAACCAGGACGUCCUGGUCUGGAUAUCUUAAUGAAAUAACGGAUAUGUAUAUGAUGGGAAUGAAUGAAGAAUAAUACGAAAAAUUGUACAAUUAAGUCAAAAUUAUUUUGCUUCCACGCCUGAAUAUCUAGAUAUGCUACAGGUAGUCAUCUACUUUAACACCUGACAGAACUUUUCGUAAAUUCGUAUAUUUCGUAAAACCCAAGCGGCAAAAAGUACUCAUUUAAAAAGAUGCCGCAAAAGGCCGGCCUAUAAUGAUAAGGACACCCAAACACGUGGGAGGUUGUGAGCAUCCUCGUACCCAGGGUCCAUUUAGCUUGGGUACGAGGUUGGGUUGUAAGUUGAAAUGGUGAUCCCCUGUCCUCUAUCAAAUGCAGGGCAUAGGGACAAAGUGCGCUGUUGGGGCCGGUUGUAUGAAGGUGUUACCUGUGGAUAAUGAUUUUCGCCGUCGAUAGGUGUAACAAAGAUAGAGGAGAGCAUUUAAAAAUUGAAUUAAUUUAUAAUUAUUGUCGGGACCAUAUCCGUAGUUUUACAGUUUUCCAGGCUUUUUACAAGAAAUGGAAAUCCGGCUAUCCCGUCCUCGUACAACCGGUACCUGAUUUUAGAGAUCGAAGCAUUUACUAGUAUUAACAUUUGAAAUAUAUUUGUCAAAAUUCCAUUGCUCUGACUUCUCUGUACAUUAAUUAGAUAAAAUUCCACAAUACGUACUGAACCAGACUAUAUUAUUUAACAUUUUUUUAUAUUUUCUGUUUUAUUAUUGUUAAUUUUUAUAUAGGGUCAAGCUUUUCUAAACCACUUCAACUUAGGUCGUUACUGGCCAGUCGAAGGUCCUCAAGUCACAAUGUAUGUUCCAGCAAGUGCAUUCAAGGAGGGUGAAAACACUUUGAUAUUACUUGAAUUAGAUCAUGCACCUUGUGACCAACCUGAAAGCUGUUACGUCGAGAUGGUUACUACUCCAAUACUUAAUGGAACUGUUUUAUACUAUUAAUAAUUGACAUUUUAUAUUAUAAAAUAACAUGUAUAUAACGCGUGUUCUGAUUGGUCAAAAGCCGUGUUUUUGGAUCAGGCCAUCCAAACACGGAAGACUAUCGUGUUGUUGUUAUUUUAUAAAACAAUUACUUUAUGGUUUCCGUGUUUGGAUGGACUGAUCCAAACACUUGGGAAUUUUGCUCGAGUUAAGAAAAGCGGGCAAAAUCACUCGCCUUCGGCUCGUGAUUUCGCUCGCUUUUCUUAACUCUCGCAACAUUCCCGCGUGUUUGGAUCAGGCCAUCCAAACACGGAAACCAUAAAGUAAUUGUAUAAUACUUCAUGAUAAUACACAGACUGUUGUGUUUUUUUUUUGGUUUUUUUUAAUUUGAAUUUAUUAUCAAUCUUUGGGAUUAAAAAUACAACGGAUUUACAUUUAGCUAGUGAUCAUAAUAGGAUAUGAGAUCAAUAAUUGUACUUAUUGUGUAGUUAAAAAGACUAAGAUUAAAAAAGAUGUUAGGGUUGGUAAUCCAAGCUAGUGAGAAUAUAUACAUUUUAAGACCUAACCAGGAAUGACUGCGAAAAAUGCAGCACAAGGUCCUCUGGUAGGAAUUGAACCUACGGCCCUGCGAUUCCGGUGCAGCGCUCUUAGUCUAACCAACUGAGCUACAGAGGCCAGCUGUUGAGCUGUAACCGUAAGUUUGUGUAUAUAUAUAUAUAUAUGUAAUCGGGUGUGCGGGUUGUGAUAAGGUGGACUUCAAUAACUUAGAUUCUUGCACUUAACUUGGUGGAAUUAAUAUUAGGAUGUUAGGGUUGGUAAUCCAAGUGAGAAUAUAUACAUUUUAAGACCUAACCAGGAACGACAGGGAAAAAUGCAGCACAAUUGCAAGGUCCUCUGGUAGGAAUUGAACCUACGGCCCUGCGGUUCCGGUGCAGCGCUCUAACCAACUGAGCUACAGAGGACAGCUGUUCAGCUGUAACCGUAAGUUGGUGUAUAUAUAGGUAAUCGGGUGUGCGGGUUGUGAUUAGUGCAAGAAUCUAAGUUAUUCAAGUCCACCCUCUGUCCAGAUCACGUAAGAAUUCUCAGAUGCCUACUUGUCUGUACACGUUCAAUUUCUUGUUGUAAAUAAUCUGGAAGCCCUGCACAUACAUGAGGAAAAAACGUUUUGUAUCUAACAUUGUUUACUCUUCAACGUAUAUUUAGGCAUUAAAUAUCAGACAGGCUGCUUCUACAAAAUUCUCCAUGAUUUAAUGAUUGUAAAAAAGCAAAGACAAAACACUUGCUGAGUUUAAACCGUUUUAAAGUUGCUCAAUACUGAAUCUGAUAUGAAAUUUAUGAGAUGCUUAACCUAAUAUUUAUAAUUAUAAAAGGAUGGAAAUGAAAUAAUAUAUUUCAUAUUCGGUUGUCUUAAGGCCAUAAAGUCUAAACACAUUUUCAAUUUUCAAUGACAUUUAACUUUACUAUUUUUCUAUGUAGACGGCUGGCCAAGUCAUCAUUUUGUACAACUGGAUGGCAACUUUAUGUUAGAAGCUAGCUGGUAACAGGCAUUUUCUUAUAGUUCAAGCCUUGGUGAACAAGACUAUAUGUGUUACCACUUCUGAUUUUUGCUUUAUGG